GGGACCACAGCUGGGACGUGUACACGUACACACACGUACACGUACAUGCAACGCAAUCCGUUCCACAAAUUGAGUGACGUAAUCAAGUGCAAAGAUGAGACACCGGAAGCAAUUUACGACACCAAGUUCACACAUUAUCCCGGAUACUACAUUGUCUUCUCUCUCUCUUUUCCUUUUCUUUUCCGCAGAUGACGUUACGGACGUCUGUACAAUUUCUGAUAGGUGUUUUCAUUUUAUCCGUCACGAGAAGGGCGUUUACACAACGAAACGAGACGGAUCGACGGCUUUUGGAAGCUCGCUGCUUUUCUCGUUGCCUUGUGUAUGAUCCGACAGCGUCAACGGGCAAACAAGAGUGGGCUCCGUACAGUUUUACUGACUUUAUCUACUGUGUUGAACCCUGCUACCAUUUGCAUACUAACGAUGUCAACACCUGUUUGAGGGUAUGUCAGUCAGCACCUGGGUUUACACCUACUCAAAUUGCAUUGUGUAACGAGUCAUGUCAUUUCGUUGACAGAAUGAAGAUGGAACCCACAGGAACAUCAUUUUCACCCGGAUCGCCAUAUCUCCCUGAUAUCCCAUCGUCUCUUCCUGUCGUUGUCAUCAAGGAUGGUGACGUCACUUUGCAAUGGAAACCUCCUGAUCCGGUCUACCCUUCAUCCGGCAUUGACCAUGGACUUGGACGUGGUGCUGUGUUUGUGGUGCAAUACGCAUCCGUUCAGUGUGGAGACACGACCGACUCUCUGAACUGGAUUUCUGGUAAAUUUCCUGCAAGAAAUCAACGUAUUAAAUUGGCCACUUCUCAGGAGCUAAGUCUUGCAGAAGAUCAGCUGUAUGUGUUUCGUGUGGCAACUGUUAAUGCAAAUGGAACUCAAGGUUUCUCAAUGCCAUCAUUAGCUUAUUCAAUAGCGAAGAAAUGUGUGAAGGAAAGUUCUGAGAUACCUGGUAGUCCAAACAACGUUCGACUUCUUGGCUUCGAAGAUUCAUCAAGUAGAGAGAAGGUGCAGGUUGAGGUGUCAUGGAUGAAACCAGUUAUGACAGUAGAGCCGCUAUGCUAUCGUGUGUGUGUGAGAGAAGAGGCAAACAAGUCCGCUAAUGCAGUUGCUUGUCACAAUAGGACAUUACUUCAGAGCAUUGUGUCAUUUAAAUGCAAAAACGGGACAGUCCACGCUUGUCAGAUCGUCGUCGGCUUACACAGCUGUACCUAUGAAGCUGCUGUUUCUUCUAUACCAAUGUUGUUAUCAACUAACAACACAGUGAGCAACCGAGUGGUGAGAUCUGCAGAGUUUUUCAAUGCGACUGAAAAAAUUGAGGAUUCAAGUAGGUUCCUGUCCGGUCGUCCGUUGUUGUCUCAAGAGAAGACGUUCAAUCAUGGCAUUAACGUCACCGUUCGAUGGUCACUGCCGGUCGAUUUCAGUCCAACUCUUGUCAGAUUCGAUUUGACAUAUGGCUUUGGGAUGCAUUCUGCAAACAUAUUUCAUCCACAGUUUAGAAAACUUGGGGAACAAUUUAUUACUUUGAGUUAUGAUCAUGGGCUGAAUUUCUCUGUAAUGUAUCCAGAGUUGGAUCCGGCAACAGACUACUGGUUCAAGGUAUUGCCAGUGAUUGGAGGAAACAAAGGGAGGACAUCAAAAGAAAAUUCACUUACCACUGAUGAUUUUUCUGUACCUGAUGUUCCAUCCAAUGUUACUUUCGUUCUUGAAGACGGCCGUUCAGGGUUUUUCUCUGUGUUCUUGACAUGGACAAACUGGCAACCGAAGUCACCAGUCGAUUACCCAUUGUUGGCAUCGUAUGUCCGUUGGGGAAUCGGAAAGAAUAUUGAUAAAGAAUUGGUGGUUGGGGUGGCAGAAGUCAAUGCUACGACCGAAGAAUACAGAAUAGACGGUUUGAAAAAGGAAGACGAGCAUGGAGCAGAGAUGACCUACUGGUUUCAGGUCUGGUCUGUUAAUGGAAGGGGCAAUGGAUCUAAAUCUAAUGCAAUCUACUUCUCCUCCAAACAGUCGAGUGACAACCUUGUUGUAUACAUCGUUGCUCCCACCGUCACAAUCCUUCUCGUACUCGUCGUCAUCCUGCUCCUUAUCGUCUACUUCUACUGGAGGAGGAAAGUCCAGAAGCUCGCUCACCACGAACGUCUCACAUCUCUACCACUAAAUCAUCUCUACACCCAAACGUACGCCCAUACUGAUGAUGCCCCAGACGAGUGGGAGGUGGCCAUACAUCGAGUCAUACUGGACACGAAGCUGGGGGAAGGCUCGUUUGGUGAGGUCUGGAAGGCAAACAUUUCGGGUACGUUUGGUCCGACUGAUCGACACGCGUCGGUCGUGAGAAGUCUCGGUGCGAGAAAGAGACUGGAACGUCGGAAGGCGACUGAGGAGCAAUCGAUUCCUGUUGCUGUGAAGCUACUGAAGGAGACGGCAUUGGAGGAGGACCGACGAGACCUCCGGAAUGAGAUUAAAUUGAUGAAACGUAUCGGUGCUCACAGACACAUUGUGAGCUUGUUGGGAUGCUGUACGGUUACUGAGUUGUAUCUGAUUGUUGAGUUUGUGCCACAUGGUGAUCUACUCAUGUUGCUGAGAAAGAAUCGUGCGAAACAAGAGAGAGAGGUGAGAGAGAUACCGAAGGAGAGUCACUCGAUACCUAAGAAUGGAUAUCUCCCUCCUGAGGAUGGAUACGUACCUCCUCAGGAUGGAUACGUUCCUCCUGAGGAUGGAUAUCUUCCUUCUGAGGAUGCAUACGUUCCUCCUAAUCUGCCUGCUGUGACCUCAGGGAGUAGCCAACGGUCAAUGUCACCAGUCUAUCGGUUUCACGAGGACGGGACUCCUUAUGUUACCUUCAGUUCACAACUUUUGUUGUCGUAUGGACACCAGAUUGCACUGGGAAUGGAAUAUCUUCACAGUAAAGAUAUGGUCCAUCGUGAUUUGGCUUGUCGCAAUGUAUUAGUGGAUGAUCACCAGAUACUCAAGAUCUCUGACUUUGGAUUGACUCGUGCGAUCUACAAAGACGAAGCAUAUGUGAAGAAGACGCAGGGACGCUUGCCUGUCAAGUGGAUGUCAAUCGAGGCAAUUUUUGAUCGAGAGUUUACGAAACAGAGUGAUGUGUGGUCGUUUGGAGUUGUGUUGUGGGAAAUAUGCACAAUGGGAGGGUUUCCAUAUCCCACGAUACCUAAUGGUAAGCUGCUGGGAAAGCUACGAAGCGGAUAUCGAAUGGAGAAACCAUCCAACUGUUCACAACAACUAUAUGACGUCAUGAUGGACUGUUGGGACGAGAACCCACUCUCAAGGCCUUCGUUCUCUGAUCUUGCACAGAUGUUCAACAAGAUGAUGUCCGGUGAUACCCACAGCCAUCUCCUAGAACUGAACGUGAACCUAGACAGUGACUGUUAUCUUCUCCCCGUUCAAUUGGACGACCUACUUGGUGCAGACGCCGUCGAGAAGGAAGGAGAUCACUCUGGGAUGGAGCUGCCACGGUAUGAAGCAAUGCAUGCGGCACCAAAGUAAGUGACAAAGAAUUUCAGUAAGAAAGAUGAAGCUACCUAUAUGUAAGUGACAUAUGAGGUACUGGUGGGUGUAAUACAAACACAGAGAUAAGGCAAUUUUAUUCACGUAUUUUAGAGUAAAUCCGUGUAUGACUGAGAGUAUACGUUUCUGUUGACUAUAUCUCGCAUGUUGAACAGUCGACUUUAAUGACUGAUUGAUAUUAACGAACUGGUUAUAAUGUUUUUGUGCUAGUGAAUUUAGAGGAGGAUUUAAUUAGAGGAUUAGCGACAUGAGAUAUGAUAGAAGAAAUUGAUAUCAACAAAUGUGUGAGCUGAUACCAGGCCAGCAGAUUGUGAACACUGC